GGAGCGCCGCCACCGCAGCAAUAUCCUUCAUACUCGCAGCCCCCACCACAACCCGGAUACGGAUACAACUUGGGUCCGCCACAGCCCUAUGGCAAUCGACCUGGUAGAGAAAACUUGCCGGAAUUAUCGCAACAGUGCAUUUGCUGAGCUUUGUCACUAGGAAUGCCGACUGUAAACUCGAAUUCGUUCAAUCAUGGAAACCAUCAUGCUCCAGCUCCACCGCCCCAGGGUCAGCAGGGGUUUGGUCAGGGUGCGCCUCAGGGAUAUACUUUCCAAUACUCAAACUGUAAGGGUCGUCGUAAGGCCUUACUGAUCGGUAUCAAUUACUUUGGCCAGCGCGGCCAACUUCGAGGUUGCAUCAACGACGUGAAAAAUAUGUCAACCUAUCUCAAUGAGCAUUUUGGAUACGCUCGAGAAGACAUGGUUAUCUUGACCGAUGAUCAACAGAACCCCAUGAGCCAGCCCACAAAGAACAAUAUUCUUCGAGCAAUGCACUGGCUGGUCAAAGAUGCGCAACCAAACGACUCCUUGUUCUUCCAUUACUCCGGACACGGCGGACAAACCAAAGAUCUAGACGGUGACGAGGAUGACGGUUAUGAUGAAGUCAUUUAUCCGGUUGACUUCCGUAAUGCGGGCCACAUUGUCGACGAUGAAAUGCACAGAAUCAUGGUUCGACCGCUCUCACCAGGUGUCCGCUUGACAGCCAUCUUUGACUCAUGUCACUCGGGCUCCGCUCUCGACCUUCCUUACAUUUACUCUACCCAGGGUGUACUCAAGGAGCCCAACCUCGCCAAGGAGGCUGGUCAGGGUCUACUCAACAUUGUGGGCCAAUAUGCACGCGGCGACCUUGGUGGCAUCGCAACCACAGCAAUGAACUUUCUCAAGAAGGCCACUACAGGCGACGAAGCCACACAGCGUGCGCGGCAGACCAAGACCUCUCCGGCCGAUGUCAUCAUGUGGUCCGGCAGCAAGGACACCCAGACUUCACAAGAUGCUCAGAUUGGGGGCGAGGCGACGGGUGCCAUGUCGUGGGCAUUCAUCACCGCGCUCAGGAAAAAUCCACAGCAAAGCUACGUGCAAUUACUCAAUAGCAUUCGCGAUGAGUUAGCAGCAAAAUACACGCAAAAGCCACAACUUAGCUGCAGUCACCCCUUGGAUACGAACCUGCUCUAUGUCAUGUGAUUUUAAUGCGUAAUCUCGACGUGGAUCCCAGCAGGGAGCAUUCAUUCUUUCAUUAUAUAGUGAAGGCAGUGACGUCGCAGGUCAUAGCAUGGCAACAUCAUCCGUUCACUGCACGGAUGUGGUAUCGGA